CAACAAGCCUUGAGCAUGCAACAUUCAAACCGGUUGGGGAAGAGAAUACAAUAAUUUUUUAUAUCCAGAACGCGAGCUGAUUUUAAUCGCCAUGGAGGCUGUGAAGUCUUUUAACAAUGAGCUGUACUCGCUCAAUGAGUACAAGCCUCCGAUCUCCAAGGCAAAGAUGACCAAUAUCACCAAGUCUGGAAUCAAAGCUAUAAAAUUUUACAAGCAUGUUGUGCAGAGCGUGGAGAAGUUCGUACAGAAGUGCAAACCAGAAUACAAGGUGCCCGGGCUGUACGUUAUCGACUCCAUUGUCAGACAGUCGCGGCACCAGUUUGGCAUGGAGAAGGACGUGUUCGCCCCGCGCUUCAGCAAGAACAUCAUCGGCACCUUCCAGCACCUUUACCGCUGUCCCUCGGAUGACAAGAGUAAGAUAGUGCGAGUCCUCAACCUGUGGCAGAAGAAUGCCGUGUUCAAGAGCGACAUCAUCCAGCCCCUCUUGGACAUGGCGGCAGGGCUGCCCCCGCCCAGCGUCACCCCGGUCAUGGCCAGCAGCACGGCGCCGGCCAACAACGCCACACCCGGUCAGUCCGGACGCGCACACGACAACGGUACCCCAGCCACCCCGGCCACCCCCGCCAACAUAGUCCAGGGUCUGCCGGACUGGGCCUCUCAGAUCUCCAACACAGACACCGUGGCUGCCGUCGCCCAGAUCCUCCAGAGUCCCCAGGGACAACAGCUGCAGCAGCUGGUGCAGAGUCUGCAGAUGCAGCAGCAGAAGCCCCAGCCGUCCCUGCUGCAGGCGCUUGACGCGGGCCUGGUGGUCCAGCUGCAGGCGCUCACGGCCCAGCUCACGGCCGCCGCCACCGCCAACAGCCUCAACCCCCUGGAGCAGAGGGUGACUUCUUUUAACAAGAAACUUUUGGGCCAGUUCGACUUUGGGAAUGACUCGGACCGCAGUGAAGAUUCCAAAAAGGACACUUCAUCUCAGAUGCCCAUGGUGUCGGACUCCAUCAACAACUCCCUGUUCCAUCAGCUGGCCGAGCAGCUGCAGCAGCAGAACCUGGAGCAGUUCCAGAAACAGCUAAUGGAGCACCAGCAGAAGUCCAUGAGUAUGGAGCCGCAGGACUCCAUCUUUGGGCCGGAGAACCCGGUGCCUUCUGUCCAGAGCACUAGCCAGCCACAGCUCCCCGAGGCAGAGAAACUAGACGACUCCAUGGACAACCAGCAACAGGACAUGGACAUGGAUCUGGACGAGGGCCCAGAUGGAAUGGAGGAGGAGCUCUUUGAGACGGAAGAGAAGAAGGCUGCGAGCACUCGCUCCAGGACGCGCUCCCGGUCACGCUCCAGGUCUCCAAAGAGGAGGCGCUCUCGCUCACGCUCCGGCUCUCGGAAACGGAAGCACCGCAAGCGCUCGCGGUCGCGCUCCAGGGACCGCAAGAGGAAGUCGUCUCGCUCCUACUCCAGCGAGAGACGCGCCCGCGAGCGGGAAAAAGAGAGGCAGAAGAAGGGCCUUCCCCCGAUACGCUCCAGGACCCUCAGCGUGUGCAGCACGACUCUGUGGGUUGGCCAAGUGGACAAGAAGGCCACUCAGCAAGACCUGACCAACCUGUUUGAGGAGUUUGGCCAAAUCGAGUCCAUCAACAUGAUCCCCCCCAGAGGCUGUGCCUACAUCUGCAUGGUCCACCGGCAGGACGCCUACCGCGCCCGCCAGAAGCUCAGCACCGGCUCCUUUAAGAUCGGCUCCAAGGUCAUCAAGAUUGCCUGGGCUCUGAACAAAGGCGUGAAGCAGGAGUACAAGCAGUUCUGGGACGUGGACCUGGGGGUCACCUACAUACCCUGGGAGAAGGUGAAGCUGGACGACCUGGACGACUUCGCAGAGGGCGGCAUAAUCGACCAGGAGACGGUCGACGAUGAGUGGGAGGCGGCCAAGAACGCGGAGCCUGUCAAGGAGCCCCCGAGCCAGGCCGUGAGUGUGGAGCCCGUGGCUGCUCCGAUCCAAACCCACGCCGAGACCUACACCCAACAGGUCACCAUGAUGCCUGUUCAGCUGCCAGUGCCCCAAGCUGUUUCCAAUGCAGUGGGCAUGGUGCCUCCAUCCUUCCCAGUCUCCAUGGGGAUGCCGCCACCUGGCUAUGGACCCCCACCACCCUUCAUCCGAGCGGGCUUCAAUGCCUCUCAGCCUCCCCCAGGCUUCAUGACUGGAGCUCAGACACCAGGCAUGUCCUCAAAUACAUUGCAGUCGUCGAUGACCUCCGGCCAGGAUAAUGUCAAGGACUCUCUGUAUGGAGGCAUGAUCCCCCCCACCAGCAACAUCUCCGGCAGCUACAUGCCCCCGGGCCUCCCCGGUACGGGCGUCUUCAACCCUCUGGGGGUCCCUCAACACAGUGCCAACGACAAAGGACAUCAGUCGGCUGACGCCAUGGAGUCCGCAGCAGAACUCGCCCUGCAAGGCAUGCAGAACGCGGUGCGCAGCGGAAUGGGUUUGUUGGGCAUGCACCCGGGCACCCCCCUGGGCCACCCCCUGCACCCCGCGGGCCUGUCCGGACAGCGGAUGCCCGGCCUGCUCCCCAUGGACAUGCGUCCCAACCUCCUGCAGCCCGGGGCGGCCGCCCGCUUCCCCCUGCUGCUGCAGCAGAGCCUGAACCAGCAGGCCAGCAGCCUCCUGGAGGCCUCCCUCCAGGCCCAGGCCCAGGCCCGCGCCAGGGCCCCCUUCGCUCAGAUGGACCCCUUCGGCAGGGGCCUCAACCCGCCCAGCGACGGCCAGCCCAAGGCCGAGGAGAAGUCCGGGGCUGACGAGGGCAAGGACCAGGACUACCGCUUCCCCCCGCCGGAGAAGCAGAGCACCGGCCUCCUGAGGACCCCUCCCCCGGAGCAGCGCGACGGCCCGGGCAGCGGCGCCGGAGGGGGGGGGGGCGGCGGCGGUGGGAGCGGAGGCCAGGGACCAGGGGGACCCAGGCCCGCCCUGCUCCAGACCCCAGGGACCCCGGGCCCCAGGUCCAGCCUGGUGGGCCGCCUGCAGGCCCUUGCGGGCUUCACCCCAGACAGCCGCUGGGGCCAGACCAGAGGGGACUUUGACGAGCGUGACAGCAUGCGGGGUCCCCCCCCGCAGGCCCUGGGAGGCCCGCCGGCCCCCGGAGGGCCCAAGGGCUUCCCGGAGGAACGUCCGAGCCCGGGCCAGAACUUCCCCAGCCGCUUCGAGGGCCGCCCCAGUACACCGGCGGCGGCCGCCGGCUCCGCCGGGAACUCCGGGUCGGCGGGCGCCGCCCAGCCCUGGAGCCGCGGAGCCGCCGUCGCCCCCCCGGCAGCGGCCGCGCCCUUCGAGAGCGACCUUCACCAGGACCUGGACGAACGCCGGCGCCCGUGGGACCGGCAGCGUGACCGGGACGAGAGAGACUUCGACUUCAGGAGGGAGGUGAACGGGAACCGCCACGGCCGCGACAGAGAUCGGGAGCGGGACCGGGACAGGGAGAGAGACACCAGAGACACCCGAGAGAGAGACACCAGAGACCGGGGCCGCGAGCGCCCCAGGGAGCGCGAGCGGGACCGGGACAAAGAGAGGGAGCGUGAGCGCGGGGGGUGGACGCCUCUCUUGCCCCUGCCGACGCCACUGCUCCCCACCCCGUCCCUCAACCCCAACCUGGCCCUGAACCAGGGCAAGAUGCUGGCACCCCUCAAACUCAACCCCCAGCUCCAGACGAGGUUCCAGUCCAUGCUCCUUCCCCAGACUCCUGGCAAGCUGCCCCUGCCCCCGCAGCUCAACCCCUCACUGCUCGGGAGUCCCCCCAAGACACCCCCUCCGGCACUGAACCGGGGCGCCCUGGCCGCACCCCGGGCUGACAGCCCCAGCCCACCUCAGACUCUCUGCCAGGCCAAGUCCCCCGCCCCGGCCCGGUCCCCUCCCCUUGCCCGGUCCCCUUCCCCUCCCCCAGCCCAUUCCCCAGCCCCAGCCCAUUCCCCAGCCCCCGCCCAUUCCCCACCUCAAGCCCAGUCCCCCGCCCCAGCCCACUCCCCAGCCCAGUCCCCCCCUCCAGCCCAGUCGCCAGCAGAGACCAAGGCCCUGAGCCCGGCCACCGAGGCAGCGCCAGCGUCCCCUAGGCCUGUGACCCCUCAGCCCCAGACCCCUCCGUCUCUACGGUCCCCUACUCCGGAUGCGGUCCAGUCGCCCCCGGAGCGAGCGGCCUCCCCUCAGGUAGACUCGCCCCCAGAGGCGUCCUCCCCGCUCGCCAUCUCGCCGUACCACUCCCCGGCCGCCUGCCUACCAGCCCCCGGCUCCCCCGGCCAGAGCCCCGACUCUCUGGAGGAGCAGGACGAGCCCGGCAGCCCGCCGGCGUCGCCCCCGGGGAGAGCCUCCCCGCCCCAGGCCCGCUGGGCCAACGGGCUCGCCAUGGACCCCUUCUGCGUGGCCGACCCCACGCCCGAGGCGUCCCCCGACAUCUCGCACCAGGGGGCGCCGUCCCCUUCCCUGUCCCACUCCCCCAACCUCGUCAUCUCCCCAGGCGGCCCGCGAUCCAGCCCCGAGGACGCCCCCAGCGACCCGGAGGACGACGACGCCGAGGAGGAAGCGCCGACACCACCGCCGCCGCCACAGCAGCAGAAGGGGCCGCUGGCCUCCCCUCAGCACCAAACCACCCCCCCCACCCCCAACCCCCCUCGCCACACGGGACAUGGCGGGGGCACGGCACACAUCCGUUGUCGUAUCGAGAAACGAUAA